GGGCAUCCGUGCCCCUUGAAUCAUUCACACGGACACAUGCAUGUACACGUGCAGCCCCUUUGUCAAGCCAACAGCUGUGUGAGGGGUCUUCCUGCGCAAGGCGGUCCGUAGGAGUUUGACAUUGCUUUGCACUUUGCUCGUCCGCUGCGGGUUGUGAAGCUUGAUCGAACAGCCAAUGAGAACAUCAAUAGACAGCGCCUGUUCCUCAUUUACAAUCAGGUGAGAGCUCUUUAAGGUGACGUCCCUUCAUUGCAAAAUUAGAACCGGGCUUGAAAGCUAAUGGCGAUGUGGUUUGAGCAAAGGAACGGAAUGGAAAAUUCAGCAAUAACUGUAACAGCGAAUUCUGAGGAUUUAUUUUAAGACGCGCACCGCCCUACCCAUCCCCUGUAUCUUAAAGCAAAAGUGAGUGGUGCAUCUUAUGAUGUGGUAUGUGUGUGGAUUCAUACAACUUUAUUGGCAGCCGUGCACAAGUUUGCUUUGGGUCCUACUUUCCGGAGCGUCUCAGAAUCCAGAGAAUACGGUGAUAAUUAUUAUUUCGUGCAAGGUAAUGCAAUGCGAUAAAAAAAAUGUAUUUUAACAAAUGCAAAUGAUGAAGUGCAAAAUAGACAUUGCUGAUAAUUAUCAGCAAUGUCUGAUAAUUGCUGAUAAUUAUAUAAUCACAGAGCAAAGCAAAUUGCCAUGUGCAAAGGAAUCCCCCUGGAAAAUACAAUAACGAAAUAAAAUUGUUAUACAUUUAAGCAAAAUGCACUAAGGUCUACUGGUGAGAAAGUUUCCUGUUUUUAUCAGCUCCGACUGUAAAAGUUUUCUUUCAACAUUGCCAAUCAGUGAUUCAAGUCUGUGAAAUGAAAAUUUCCAGAGAUGGUGGAGACGAUACGAAUGCAUUCCAGAAUAAAAUAAAAUAAAACAUACGACAUUUGAAGUGACACAUGCAAUAGAGAUGUAUUGGCAUGAAUGAUCACACUGCCAAGAUUAGACGCUUGAGAUGGCCUUUGUAAAUUGGGACCAUUCUGAUAAAACUGGAAUCAAUGGUCACCUUGUUCAGUGCAGUGCCAUACCUGCCAACAUUGUGCGAUUGACUCAAUUAUGGAACGUGAUCUCGUUUAAGGGGGGGGGGGGGGUGGCAUGGGAAAAACUCAGAGACAGAUGGGUGGGUGCCACACGGCACAGUCAAUGUUAUACCACAUUUUUAUCAGAAUCAGAGCAUUUAUGUAUCCUGGAGAAAUCCGGUGAGCUAUCAAGCUCUUUCCCACAGAUGUCCAUAGGGGCGGGUCAGAAAGUUACAACAACAACAACAACAAAACAAUACAAAAACACGAUAGUGCAAAGUAUAGGAAAGGUAAGCAAGUCACUAAAAAUUAAUAAGUACAAGUAAAAUACAUAAGUAUAAAUUGCACAAGUACAUAAAUUCCUGCCGAUUUUUACAACACUACAUGCAAGUUUUGAACAAAUGUUAAACUUAACAGAAUGAGUAAACGACGUGAUAUUAUUUCGUCUGCUGAGCCAACAUGCUUUGACUUGACGAUGUCCAGCAGUGGACCGUAGGCCCUCCAGCCUUGCAAUCCCCCCCCCACCCAAUGCUACAUAAUUUGGAAAGACCCAUGCUCUUAAAAAAAAGGAAAAAUUAUAUAUACAGAUAUAACUUAUUUUUUGUUGCUCCAUAUUUAUGAUGAUUUUUACGGCUUAAAAAAAAAAUAUGAGUGUAGAGUUAAUUUGAUUUGUUACACGGAUGAUUCCGUUUAGCCAGAUUGAAGGCUAUUUUACAUGGGAGAUCUGUGGCGCCGUUAGCAUGGCAACAACAACAAAAACAACAAAAGACAAACAUCACUAGCGGCAGAGAACGAGUCCAGAGUCCUUCAGGAAUAUUUCACAACUCACAAACGAGGCUUUUCAAGAAGAUGGCAUCAUCUCUGGCUAUAGAUGCCCUAAAAGCUCUGCCUUUGACUGCAUCCUGAGUCUCUUUCACCUCACAAAUGAGACGCUCAACAUCUGGACUCACUUCCUUCCUGCCUGCUACUUCAUGCGGCGGCUGCUGGGCUUCUCGCAGUCGCUCGACUUCCUGGGAGAGGCGUACACCUGGCCGCUGCUCGCCUACCUGUUCACAUGCUGCCUCUACCUGCUGGCUUCCAGUCUGGCCCACACUUUCAGCACCAUGUCCGUGCGCUCCCUGCACGUGUGCUUCUUCUUCGACUACGCCGCGCUCAGCCUCUACAGCCUAGGCUCUGGUAUUGCAUAUGCCGCGUACAUAUUCCCUGAGCAGUGGGUGCACGGCACCCUUCAUGCGUACUUUGUACCCACGGCCGUAAUGAACACCCUGCUCUGCACGUCGCUGGCAUGCUACUCAAGGUUCACGGAACUUGAUCAACCGCAUUUUAGCAAACUUCUUCGCAUUUUAGCUUUCUUCUGCCCAUAUCUCUUCGACAACAUUCCAUUGUUUUACAGGGUGCUCCUCUGCUCGGGCGAAGGAUGCUCUCAAAACGAGACCUUCCCGUGGCACUACGCGCACAUCCUGCUCGCUGUGCUCACCGCGUGCCUCUUCUCCAUGCACCUCCCCGAGCGUCUUCUCCCUGGGCGCUUCGACUAUGUCGGCCACAGCCACCAGCUGUUCCACGUGAGCGCGGUGCUGGGCACCCACGUGCAGCUGGAGGCGGUGGCGGCCGAUAUGGGGCUGCGGCGUGCGUGGCUCCUGACCAACGUGGGACCCGAGGCCUGCUACUUCACGCAGUCCAUGACGGCCCUGGGCCUGGCCGUGGGCCUGAACCUCGGCCUCAUCGCAGCCUUUUCGCUGGCCAUGUGGCGGACGGCCGACACGAACGCCCCUCACCUCGAGGACUCCAACCACAACAAGCUCAAGGAGCAUUAGGGGCCCUGGGUGAGCCCUGGUUCAAGUUUUUUUCCUUGUGGAAAGUCUGCCAGUGAUCCUGGCCCAGUUACGGCGGUGUUUCCAUAUUCGCCAGAUUGUACGACGCUUGGCAAAGUAAGACGUAAUCGUCAGACGCGCACACACACUUGCCAGGAUACGCCCCCAACUUUUGCCUUAAUAAACGGGGGAAGAAUGUGUCUUAUUAUGCGGAGAAUAUGGUAAUUGUGUGGGAGCUCGAUUUCGGAGAAUAGUAAAAGAUACAAUUUUUUUUAACCUUUUUUCAUAAUUGGACGAAUUUUCAACGGGGUUAUGUCUAAUAAUACACUGAAUAUUUUUAGUUGUUAUGCUCUAUAUAUCAGUAAUAAAUUAUAUAUGUUUUAUAUUCAAUAAUUGAGCAAAAUAUUUUAGACUUUUAAAGUCAAACAUCUCAAGCUGUAGCACAGAGCUAACCAUAUGGUAUUUUAUAACAGUGAAGAAAAAUAAUGUCAGUCUAAGUUUGUCUCUCAUUUUGAUUAGUAUUUGUUUAAUGAAACGUGGCAUUUGAAGUUGUUUCCUUGUUUGGAAAUGUGUUUACCUAAUUGGUAUUUGAAAUACCGCAGUGUAUAAAUAAUACUCGACGAACAUACACCAAGGAUUCAUAAUAAAGGUUUUUGGGUUAGAUCGCGUUAUUUAUAAUUGUGUCGUAACCCUCCACCACCCGACACGGCCAAACAGUAAAAAAAUGUGUCACGUUUACAAAGGACAAAUAGUUCACUACUUUAGCCCACCGGUGUGUUGAAGAGUGAAUCAACAUCAUUUAAAAUUUGAGUACGACGUUUUGCUGGUAAUUACAUCCAGCAUCAUCGGGCAAUUCGCCAGAAGGAACAGCCUGUGAAAGUAAAACAGUUGCGAUGGAUAGCACUUAAAAUGUUGAUACUAUUUUCAGUAUCAGUUCUAUGUUGUGUUUGUGGGUUGUACCAUGCGUUUGGCGUGUUAUCCGACGUUUCACCCUACGUGCUGGAGCAGAUUGCACAUGGCAUUAUCUGAAAACACAACAGAGAGAGAUAUAUAUACAGCUAAAAAAACCCCGCAAAAAAUCCCUCCGUACUGUGUAGUGGCAUUUAAGAAAAAAAAUUCUGAGUGAUUACUUGCUCAAAUAAGCAUUGAGGUAGUGCUAAUAUAUUGUUUACAGCUCUGAGCCAGUGGUGGAAAUUCCUUAUACCGAUGGCAGGGGCGAGUCUGCCCGUAGAAAUUCCACUGUUGCCUUCCCCACAAGGUGGUACAUAUGUUACCCUACCCAAGAGGGGUGAUGGGCUGAGUCAACCCCCGAACGGAAUUUUAACUCGAAAACUUCCGAUUGCAAUCAAUUUGUUCUACCACCGUGCCUAUCUGGCGAUACACAAUUUCUGAAAUUGCAAUGAGGAAUGUUUCCUUUUAAAUACGUACAAUUAUUUAAAUUGAGCACAGGUGAAUGCUCAAUGGAGAGCGUGUUUAUUUACCACCACGGUCACCGGAGUAGCUACGGUCUGUAUGGGACAGUUGGGGUAUGGUUUCUGAAUGAGAUGUUGUAGACUCGGACACAAGGUAAUGUUAGGCUUGUUUAAAAGCCCAAUCUUUACGUAACAAUCAUGUGGUGACACGAGUGCACUGAUGUUAGGUUCGAGUCCACAUAUUAAAUAUUUCCUUCUGAAAACAUUCACUUCCCGGUUGUGUGCCUGUCAGUUUUUUUUUAGUUGAAACAAAGUUAAAGCAUCAAAUAUUGUUGUAAUGUACUACCGAACUGAUAGGCGUAUAUAUUUUUUUACUGAAAGAUAACUUUAAAAAAACACACAAGUGCACAUAACGGCUUAUAGCCUUCCGGCUUUGGAACGCACUCAUUGGCAUUAUGUACUGUUCUUGAAAAAAAAAAACCUCUUCUCUGUCUAAGACUGUAAUGUUUUUUUUAAUUACAUAUAAUAUACUCCACGGAACAAAUGUACAAGCCUUCAGUUGUUGUAAAAUAAUGGUAUUCUAUCUACCCACCUUACAUUUCUUGUUUAUUGCAAAUAUGUCAAGUGCCUUCGUAUUGGGUAUUUCAGCGACGAUUCUGCAGUUAUGACAACCCACGUGACGAUGUCGCUGUUGUCAUUGCUGCUGUUUUGAAUCCACCCAGAUUUGCGUGUGUCGUUUGGAGUGGAUUCAAAUUUGGUUAACUGAAAAUAAUAUUUUUUUAUUAGUCCGGAGGCAGUGCCAGAUAUUAAAUCAUGGUUUGGUGUGUAUGCGUUCGUUCAUUUAAAAUCCCCCACUCCAUGAAACACUUUAAGAAGAAUAUAACUCAAAAUUUAAAUUAAUUACACACUGCUGCAGCCCGAGAUAAUUACGUUGGUUGCACUUAAAUUUCAUAGUUUCGUAUGCACUUUUGAGAUGGUUCAGCAACCGUGAUAUUGAAUCUAGCGCUGACCGAGUGUUCUCACGCACUUAGCUGUGGAACAGCGUCAACCAAUUUGGCAUUAAGGGAUGCAUUAGGGUUGUCGCCAUGUCCUAGGUUUUCCCAGGAUCGACCUCUUGAGGUCGCUGCUGCCCUGAGAAAUCUGCAAAACAUUACAAGUUCCCAUUUUGCAUAAUAGUGCACUGCUCAAGGCAAUACAUUUGCGUGUCGUUCUGCCCUCCUAUAAUCUUCAUAGAUAUUCUUCCCAUGAUAUGUCCUGUUUUUUUUUUUUUAAACCUCAGAGGUCGCAACCCAAGAAAAAAAUUUAAACUGAUUCUUAUGCUCAUGACAGGUGCAUUGAACUAUUAUUUAUGAUGUAUGUUUUUUGCUAUGAUAUCGCAUUUAGGCCGACAAAGAAGACAAAUGAAAUGAGAAACAAUAGAAAAGAUAAUUGAAUUGCAAUGCCGAAUCGUGACAAUGUAUCGAAUCAAUGGGGAUUGUAGAGGAAAGGUGGAGGCGGGGUGAAUAUUUACAUGCAGAAUACUGAUAGCCACAAUGAUCCACUGGGGCAGUUUUAGGGCAAUUGUUGCCACCAAUGGUCUCAGUAGCUGCAACAUUUUUACAUUUUUUUACAGAUGCUGCAACAUUUUUUAAACUGUAAAACAAAACAGUUGCCCGAAUCUCGGCAUCUCAUCGAUGCUUUAACCGGUGAGAAACUUGGAUGGCAACUUUGAAUCGGGUCACAUAGUGUGUGCUCUGGCAACUAACGUUAUGUGCUCAUCAUGUGUCAGUUUUAAAACGCAUUCUGCUUCUAUUGGCUUGGUUACCUCCAUUGUUGUUGUGAGUUUUCUUAGUUGCUCAUGGUGAACAAGUCACUGGUGACAAUUGCCAGAAAUAAUUGCCCCCCCCCCCCACUGUAUUAAUUUUAAGUAAUAAUGUGAGCAGUUAAAGGGAAAUCGUGACAAAUAUUUUCAAGUAGUGUUCGGCAUAGGCUUACAUCAAGCCAUUAUGUUACAAAUUAAGCCAUACAAAUAACCCACAAUACUUUUGCAGUACCAUUUUUUAAGCCUUUUAUUACAUUACAGUAUAUCAUAUGAUGGAAAUAGCAAGUUUUUUUUAAUGACAGUAUAUACAAAACUUCAACCAGUAGCCUAUGACAGGCUCACUGUAGAUAGGUUUAGUGUAUGUAAUAUUGAUCGCCAUGCAGAUAUAAUUACAAUGUAAUACAGUUUUGAUAGCAAAUCUCAUUACUUGACAUCUCAUGACAUCAACCAGCCUUGAUAUUAAAUACUCUGUGUGGGCCAGGUGUACCUACAAUGGAUGACGAUGCAGCUAAAAUGGCCUUUCAAGUAUUAGAUGGGACCAGGUACCAUUUAAUUAACCCGUUUAUAUUAUGACAAUGUUCAUUAGUGAGUAAUGGUUACAGGGAGCUGAUUGUGUGUGAUCUGUGGGUAAAUAUGGGAUGCAGACUGUUUUCUUGUGACGAUAACCACUGUAAAUGUUGCUGCACAUCGAACCAACGAGAACUGCAUUUUAAUGUGGUGCUGGCAGUAGAAAUCGGUUUCAGAUUGAACAUCUUUGGAUUCUUAAGGACAACUUGACAUAUUUUUGGGACGUUCAGAUCAUUGACAUUACUAACUUAGAUUUUUUUUGUUAAAUCGUGCUAACAAAAGUAAUGUCAUAGGUGCCAUGUGACACCAUUUCUCGUGGGAAAAGCACAGAAGUAACAUCAUGAAAGUGACGUCUCUUCCAGCGGUGUCAUACUCUUUGGUUCUUUCGGUAAAGUCAUGUAGUCAUGUUUUUGGCUCAUUUUCGACGUACAUUUUAAAAAAUCUUCACUCAAUUUUCAUACCUUUUUGAAUUAAUCUGAAAGUGGGAACGCAUAGCUUGCCAUAGCAUGUUAACCUGGAGACUGCGUUCAAGGAAACCAGUGCGGACUGGUUGUGGCAUGCCGUGAAAGCAAGUUAUUGGGAAGCAUGCUCAGAUUUUAAUUGUAUGUGCUUUGUUUCAUUAUGAAUGUCGUGUUUAUCGGAAAAGAUGAACAGUCUCACUUUCAAAGAACGUUUAUAAUUUAUGGGUUCUGAUGUAUUGUUGCUUUUCUUAACAAUGGACUUUGCAAAUGAUGUUGUGUUCUCGAGCAGACUGCCAGCGUUUUGAGUGUUCUGUGUCAGUGCCUGAUAUGUACCGUAUAUGCUCAGUUUUGCAUUGAAAUGUAUUGUUUCAAAAUGCCAUCAAUUUGAUAAUGCAAUCAAGAGUGAAACGUGUAUAAUCACAGUGCGUCACAUGCUCCACUUGAUGCACAUCUGAAAGGUUUCAGAAAGCGAUGCCUCUUAAAUCCACCACGAAAAGGCUAAAUCGUUCUGCACAUCGAUCCUGCCACCCAGGGUCACGAAAGCACGAGUCCUCGCCACCAACCAACAACGGUGGCACCUGUCCGUCUUUAACAAUCUCCUUCAUGAAAAAAAACUGUUACCCGCUGCACGAGUCUGAUGAUUGUUAAACACGUACUUUUUUGAGGUAGAGUGCCGAGUCAAAUCCAUACUCUUUGGUUCUUUCGGUAAAGUCACGUAGGUAUAAAAUAAAUCACGACGCAAGUGGUCCGUACACUUGCGUUGCGCCCGAAACGUCGUGAUUUAUUUUAUUUUAUACCUAAGUGACUUUACCGAAAGAACCAAAGAGUUUGAUUUCCUGCAGUCACGAAAGCAUCACAUCAAUAUUGAGUCAAAUCAAGUUGAGGCGUUACGUAUGUAUCCCACUCUCCGAAUCGCUGAUGUGCACGCGGUGUGUAACGAGUUAUUUUAUAUUUGAAUUGAGAUUUCUAAACAUGCGCAGGCGAUUGGGUGGAGGAUCGCAAGGGUCGGGGAUUUGGGAGAACCUGCCAAAGUUGAAUAUUUGUAACCGGACUCGAUCAGUGUUUAAAUCGGGUUUCUCUACCGCGCAGUAGCGGGUAGGGCUGUCACAGGGUAGAAAGUGGGGACAGGGUUUCCAAUGUCGGGAUUUUUAAGGACAAUGUGUGGUUUGUUCCCCCCCCCCCCUCGGACGAUCGACACCAGUGUUUAGUUUAACACGGCUUCGUGUGGACAACAGUGACGGUCGCGCAGGAAAAGAGUGGACACGAGAAGUGACGCAUCUUGCCGUGACGUCAUGUUCCACGUAGAUCCGAAAAGAAAACACAUUUCGUGCAAUUCUAAAUGUCCUAUUUUGUCUCUAAUUUCUGCGGAUUGUUUUUAUUCGAGAAUCUCCCCUCCCCCCCCCAACUCGGAAGGAGCGGCGACACAGCCAGCUUUGGCCAUGAUCAACCGUGGACCAACAACUGCUUAUGAUCGAAAUGUAAUUGGAUAUUAAACAAAGGUGCUUUGGCUCGCUUCAUGCAGGUUUUUGUUGUUAUUAAACGUGUCGACGCGGCACGCGAGGAUGAAUGAGUGAUACAGCCUGUGUCACUACAAAUGCCAUUGCGUGCAGUAUCCCCAACCUGUUGUGCAGUCGAGCUCGGGUUGCGGUGGCGAUGAUGCUAGGUGCUGCCUGUCAACGUCGACCACCACCUGUGAUGAUGUUGUUGCGCCUUCACAGGGGGGGGGGCUCGCUUUCCCCGUAAUGUUUUUGAUUUUAAACACUGGCGCGCGCGAAUGGAACACGUACAAAAAUAAAGCAUUGUUGUAAUGAA